AUGGUGAUGGCCGAGCCCCGGCGGCCCCCCGCGCUGCUGCCCCGCGGGCCCGGGCCCGUGCGCGUCGGCUUCUACGACAUCGAGGGCACGCUGGGCAAGGGCAACUUCGCCGUGGUCAAGCUGGCGCGGCACCGCAUCACGCGCAGCGAGGUGGCAAUAAAAAUCAUUGACAAAUCCCAGCUGGAUGCCGUUAAUCUGGAGAAAAUCUAUCGAGAAGUGCAGAUAAUGAAAAUGCUCGACCACCCCCACAUUAUAAAGCUCUAUCAGGUGAUGGAGACCAAAAGCAUGUUGUACCUUGUGACAGAAUAUGCCAAAAAUGGAGAAAUUUUCGAUUAUCUUGCCAACCACGGCCGUUUGAGCGAAUCGGAAGCCAGGCGCAAAUUCUGGCAAAUCCUCUCUGCGGUGGAGUAUUGUCAUAGCCGGAAGAUAGUGCAUCGUGACCUCAAGGCGGAGAAUCUCCUGCUCGAUAACAACAUGAACAUCAAAAUAGCAGAUUUUGGGUUUGGAAACUUCUAUAAAAGCGGGGAGCCUCUGACCACCUGGUGUGGAAGCCCACCCUAUGCAGCCCCUGAGGUCUUCGAAGGGCAGCAGUACGAGGGACCCCAGCUGGAUAUCUGGAGCAUGGGUGUAGUUCUGUACGUCCUAGUUUGUGGAGCGUUGCCUUUCGAUGGACCUACCCUCCCCAUUCUGAGGCAGCGAGUUCUGGAAGGAAGAUUCAGGAUCCCUUAUUUCAUGUCAGAAGAAUGCGAGCACCUGAUUAGGAGGAUGCUGGUCCUAGACCCAUCCAAGAGGCUGACAAUUGCUCAGAUUAAGGAGCACAAGUGGAUGCUAAUAGAAGUUCCUGUGCAGAGACCCAUUCUCUAUCCGCAAGGGCAGGAGAACGAGCCUUCCAUUGGAGAGUAUAAUGAGCAGGUUUUGCGGCUGAUGCACAGCCUUGGAAUAGACCAGCAGAAAACGAUUGAGUCACUGCAGAACAAGAGUUAUAACCACUUUGCUGCUAUCUAUUACCUGUUAGUGGAGAGACUCAAGUCACAUCGGAGCAGCUUCCCCGUGGAGCAGAGGGUCGAUGCUCGCCAGCGUCGGCCCAGCACCAUUGCUGAACAAACAGUCGCCAAGGCACAAGCUGUGGCGGCUUCUGUGAACUUGCGUUCACAGAAUGUACGGCUGCUGAGGUCUCCGGGUCUGCCCUCAACCUCUGCUGCAGAAGUCUUCUCCUUCCCCCCAUCCAGCUGCCAGGCGGAGUCAGCCUUCAUGGAGGAAGAGAGAGUUGAUACACCAAAGAUAAAUGGCUGCCUGCUGGAUCCCGUGCCCCCUAUCAUGAUGAGGAAAGGAUGCCAGUCGCUGCCCACCAGCAUGAUGGAAACCUCCAUCGACGAGGGGAUCGAGACGGAAGGCGAGUCAGAAGAUGACCCUGCACAGGCCUUCGCGGCUCUCCAAGCAACCCGCUGUGGAAAGAGACGUCACACUCUGGCUGAAGUGACCAACCAGCUGGUCAUGAUGCCAGGCACAGGGAAAGUCUUCUCUUUAGAUGAGAACCAGUCUUUGGGCAGCAUCGACUCCGAGUACGACAUGGGCUCCAUUCAGAGGGACCUCAACUUCCUGGAGGACACCCCGUCCCUGAAGGAAAUGGUGCUGGCCAACCAGCCAGCGCCUAGAAUGACCCCCCCUUUCAUAGGCCUGAGACCUGCCAAUCCAGCCAUGCAGGCGCUGACCUCCCAAAAACGCGAGGCUCACAACCGCUCCCCCGUCAGCUUCCGAGAGGGGCGCAGAGCCUCCGACACGUCUCUCACGCAAGGAAUUGUAGCAUUCAGACAGCACCUUCAGAAUCUGGCACGAACCAAAGGAAUCUUGGAGCUGAAUAAAGUCCAGCUGCUCUAUGAACAGAUGGGAUCAGAGGAAGAGGCCAACCUGACAUCAACUGCUGCGCAUUUGCAGGACCUUGUGAAUAGUCCCCCCCAGGAGGAAACAUCACAGCAGCAGGACCCUGUCUCGGCAUUUCCUAAUGGUGUACACCCCCAAUUACUAUCCAGACGGCAGAGCUUGGAGACGCAAUACCUUCAGCACAGACUCCAGAAAUCCAGCCUGCUCUCCAAAGCCCAAAACACUUGCCAGCUGUACUGCAAAGAACUCCCCCGAAGCUUGGAACAGCAGUUACAGGAACACAGGCUGCAUCAGAAGCGACUCUUCCUCCAGAAGCAGUCUCAGCUACAGGCGUAUUUCAACCAGAUGCAAAUAGCAGAGAGCUCCUACCCAAGGUCAAGUCAGCUGCCCCUUCCGUGCCAGGAGGAGCAGCAGCAACCACCACAGUUCAGCCUCCAGCAGCCCUUGAGCCCCGUAAUGGAGCCUUCCUCAGAACAAAUGCAAUAUGACCCUUUCCUUAGCCAAUACCAGAAACUACAGCUGGAGCAGUUGCCACCAUCACCAAUGCCCAGCUCGCCACGGCUGCAGUCACCAAUUCAAGUGCAGCAGCCACAGUCCUUACAAUAUCCUUAUCAGACUUGCGAAUUGCCAGGCGUCACCUCUUCUGAGCCAGACUACUCAAACCAGUGCCAGUAUUCCAUGGACCCAGCACAGCAGAGCAGUGUAGCAUUGCCCGACACCCAGAGGAGCUCAGCGUCUCACGAGUCGCAGUCCAGCUACGAAGCGUUAGCCCUCUCAGAGCUGCCCGGACUCUUUGAUUGUGAAAUGAUGGAGACUGUUGACCCUCAACACAGUGGCUACGUCUUGGUGAAUUAGUUGCCCUGCAGUUCGCUUGAGAAUGGAAAGCGGGAGAAGCGAAGGGAAAAGCAUGUGAAUUUUCAUUUUUGUUCCAACCCCAAAAAUUCAUGGCUUAUUUUCCAACCUUUGACCCUAGUGGAGGAGCUAUAAAACCACCUGCUUGCUACAAGCAGGGGAUGGCUAAGGGCAUGUAGUCAGUGCCCCAUCGCAGAAACCUUGUGGCAGAGGCUGGAGACAGAGGGUGCGACUUGGUCAGACCAAGAACCAGUUUGCAGAUAAGAUGACAAAAUGCAUCUUUAGGAAGGAGGAAAACAGGCCCUUCCGAAAAAAUUGGACACUCUGCUAGCGUCCACCUACUACCAGAACAAACCUGGUAAAAAUCCUGUAAAAGUAAGGAGAAUGAAUGCAUAUUGCAUUGUACUUCUUGGCAAUAAAAGCAAUAGUUUUCAUUAAAACACAGCAAAGACUUUGGUAUCUUGAUGGCAACUCAAGAGCUCUUGAAACGUGUGCGUGGUGGACUUCAAGGAAAGUUGUACUUUGGCUUUGGAUUGCUGGUUGUAAGCUACUGAUCUUGAACUAGUCUUUAGCAAGUCUCAGAAAACACCAGGCAUCUCCACAUCCUCCUGCUAGCAAAUAAGUUUUUUUCCCAAACUUGCCAAGAAACUCCUAAUUGCCCAUCAUGGGAAGUUUCCAGAUUUUUAACACACAAAAUAUACACACACACACACUGACCUAGUGAAAAGAUACCUGGAUCUGACUUGAAGCUCUGCGGUGUUUUGAGAGACCUCCUGAUGAGGUGCAGGAACUGCCACAAUGUGGAAAGAGGAAGAAGGUACCAAGAAAAGAACUAGAACUUCAGCAAAUGACAAAGAAGUCAGCCAGGGCAGCAUUAAAAACCAGCCCUUUUUGCAGACAACCUCUUGUGGAGACCUUGGUCUUGGAGUAGCUCUGGCCACGAGAAAGGAGACAUCUGUCCUUUGUUGCUUUUUAAAAAUAACUGUGUUUUGAAUUUACAGUAUACGUUGCUGGUGGUUUAUUAAGCUUUGUAUAUUUGGACAAGUAUUUAGGGUUUUAGAACUUAAGGACAAACCAACGAGCUUAAAAAGAAAAAAAAAACCCAUGUGAAGUGAUAGUGCUGUGCCUUUUUGGGUUCUUUAUCAGACUAUAUGCUUUUUUUUCUGAAGAAA